UGAGGGUCGGUGGAUUUUAUUAUGGGAUGGACCGCCUCAAUUCUACGAAUUUUGUCAACCAAUUUCUUUUAAACCUAGACGUUCGGAAUCACGGAUAUUUUCUCCAGCUUUACGGUCUUGUAACUUUAAAACCAAAAUGCUCAGACUACAGUUUAUAUCCAACUCAUGCACACAGCUAGAUGCUGUGAUGCUGAUCGGUACAACAAAAUUGAUUUUUCCUAAAAAUCCUGAAGAUAAGAGUAUAACUAAUCUCUUACACCGCAUUCGGGCACAACGACAUUCUUGUUCAGAGAGAUUUUGUCCUUUUCGUUAUUCUGAAGAAUUCUCAGGAAUUGAAGAAGAACCAUUUUCUAUGUACCAAUACCUUUGGGGUUCCUGUAAAUUGUUUGACCGUUAUAAUACAACACGUGAUUAUGAAAAUGCACACUUGGAUAUACUUGAUCUUCAAAAGGAAUUUUUUAAAUAUUGCGUUAUUUAUAAAAGCGACAUAGCAACGAAUUUUCACAAGAGCAAGCUCGCGCACAAACAAGUAUUUCGGAAGGAAGAUGUGCCAUCUUCUAAGCAGGGAUAUGUGAAUCACCCUUUAUUAAGAAAUCAUUGGAAUUAUGUGAAAUUUAUAGAAGAUAUCAAACUCUCUUCGGGAGAAUCCAAGGAGCAACGUGACAGUUUUUCUACGCUUUCUGAUGAAAUAAUACUAAUGAUAUUAAAAUACUUGGAUAUAAGGUCGUUUUGCCGUAUGAGCAAAGUAAAUAAACGCCUCAAUAAUUUAACACAGGAUUCUUUUUUCUUCAAAUGUUUGAACUUACGAAAUUUAAAAAAAGUAUACUAUAAGGAUUCAUUCUUUUGUUAUAAUAAAAUUCUGUUUUAUUUUGCAUCCAAAUGUAAAUAUUUACAACAGUUGGAUUUUACAGAAAGCUGCAUUUCUGUUCCAAAUUUCGUAAACUUUCUUCAAAGUUGCAGCGAUUGUUUAACGCACUUACGAUUAAGUAGCUGCAGAUUUGUUGACGAAUUAUCUCUAUUAAACAUUUUAGAGAUAUGCAAAAAAUCGAAAAAUUUUCUCUUUAAAUGUUUGAACUUACGAAAUUUAAAAAAAGAAUACUCUAAGGAUUCAUCCUUCUGUUAUGAUAAAAUUCUGUUUUAUUUUGCAUCCAAAUGUAAAUAUUUACAACAGUUGGAUCUUACAAGAAGCUGCAUUUCUGCUACGGAUUUCGUAAACUUUCUUCAAAGUUGCGGCGAUUGUUUAACGCACUUACGAUUAAAAGACUGCGAAUUUGUUGACGAAUUAUGUCUAUUAAAAAUUUUAGAAAUAUGCAAAAAUUUGAAAGUAUUGGAUCUCAGUUAUUGUGUUAUUCUGGAGGGAAUGGACCAAGAAGUUUCGAGUGUCGAAAAUUUAGAAUUUCUAGAGAAAUUAGACCUUGAAGGCUCCCUUAUAACAACUGAAUCUCUUUGCAAAAUACUGCAAAAAACUCGCCGGAUGCUAUUAUUACAUCGCGAGGUAUUCAUGCCCUCGCUGAAUGCAAGAAUUUACGAAAACUGA